AAGAAGGGCGGCGAGCGCUUGCAAAAUCAUUACAUUUUUCUUUCCUUGAUAGUCGGAGAUUAAGAUUUUAGUAAACAAAAAUGACAAGAGGAAAUCAAAGAGAUUUAGCACGAGCUAAGAAUCAGAAAAAACAAACCGACUUAGCCAAGAAGAAAAGUAGCACAGAUAAAAAGGGAAUGACAUUCGAGCAACGCAAACACAGGGAUGCUGAGCUGAUGCGUGAAAAACAAAGAAAAAACGAGCAAGAAGAUGCCGCAGCCUCUGGUAACAGUUAAUUCAACAAAAC